AUGAGUUCGAGUGAGAAUUUAUCAACGAGAAUAAGAACAACAAUUGAAGCUGCAUUUUAUAUUGGAAAUCAGGCACAAGUACCUCAGCGACUAAGCGGCGAGAGCGGCGGCAGCAGCGCGUCCGGUUCGCGAACGAGCCUCUCGAUUCAGGAAGACACGAGCUCGCCGACGCCGUGGAAGCACCGUCGGCGAGCGUCCACGUUCAACGAGGCGCAUCUGGAACGAGCGGAGACGGUGUCGCCGAGAACGCCGAGGAAACGAUCGUUCAGCUUCCACGAGCAGCCGCUGUUCGGCCAACGUGGCUCUUCCGUUUCGCGGAAGAACUCGUCGAACGAGGAUGGCGCCGCCGCGCAGAGGAAGCCAGGCGACAAACAGGAAGUCGAGAUCACGUUACCACCGCCGUGCACCUGCCCCUAUUUCGGCGAGUCCUCCAAGAGGCCACCGCCGCAGCCGUCCAGCGAGAUCGUGAUCGUUUCCAGCGACACAAUGAAACCGAUCUCGGGGAAGAACCUCGAGGCGGCGUUUCUAGGGAGGAGCAACAGCGGCAGAACGUUGGAGCCGAGCAGGAGCUACGAGUUGAACUCUGUGGUUACGUGGAGGGGCGGCAGAAGAGGAUCCAGCUUGGGGAACACGAGAACCUCGCUGUUGAUGUCGAGAGGGGCCCCGAUCCGCCGCGCGGCAACGAUGCGUGCCCACAACGGCGCGGCGAGCAUCAGCUCGAAGCAGAGCAGCAACUCGUCCUCGCCGUGCCCUCACAGGUACUCCUCGGGUGGCCCACCGGUGCGUAGCCACUACUCGCGUACGAGCAGCGUGGUCUCGCGUAACAGCUCGCGCCACGGCAGGAUCAUCCGGCUCGAGCAGAAAGCGACGAAGGUGCUCGGCGUUGUUUUCUUCACGUUCGUCGUCCUCUGGGCGCCGUUCUUCGUCCUGAACCUGAUACCAGCCGUGUGCCCCAACUGCGAGAGACAGAUCGACCACAAGAUCUUCGACCUGGCCACAUGGCUCGGCUACGCCAGCUCGAUGGUCAAUCCGAUAUUCUACACGAUCUUCAACAAGGUGUUCCGCCAGGCGUUCAAGAAGGUGUUGCUCUGCCGGUACAGGAAUCAAACGUGGAGGCCGUCCAGGUAGGCAUUCGGCCCCGGGAGACCGGGGAUCGCCGUCACAAGGGUCUAACGUCGCCGACCAGCAUCGAUUUCUGUCUGUCUGUCUGUCUAUCGAGAGGUUCUUGACUGUCCGCACGACGAGAGCACAAUGCCAGGUGGAGCCUCGAGGAAGAUCGUUUCGAAGACUGCGCGAGGAACGGAA